AUGCAGUUCAUAAAAGAUCGCUGUCGGUUCAUGCAUCCGAAAUUACCAAGCUAUAUCCGCCAUUACCUUUCUGCCAGUCUCAAAGUCGAUUUCCUCCUCGAAGUCCAACUUUUGCUUCUUACCUUCAGUACCGGUAUCCAAGAUGCCGUGAGCUACCCAGAUUUCAAAUGCUUUGCUUCCAACCAGACCGGCAAUUCCGUCGUGCUGGCUGUAGGUCUCGCGGGACAUGACAGUUCAGUCUUCAACCUGGCCAACGUUGGCCUCAGCCUAGGGAUGUUCCUAGCUGGAGCGAUUAUGACGGGACAGUUGGCCAAUUUCGUCGGCCCGCGUGGUCGUAUGUGGCUGAUAAUCAGCCAUCUUAUACAAACGCUUCUCACCUUUGUUGCCGCUAUUAUACACCCUAGGCACGCUCAAUCAGGCAAUAGUCCCUCGUCAAUGGGCUCGCUGGCGUUGCUCGCCUUUGCGUCAGGAGCCCAAGUAGCCUCAAUGCGACCCUUUCGAAUCCAGGAGAUUACAACAGCUAUGGCGACAGCAGCGUGGGUUGAUCUUGUUAUCGAUCCAAGGCUAUUAAAGAUACAAAACCGUUCACGAAAUCGACGUGCUGGAUUUCUAAUAUCACUAGUGUUGGGAAGUUUUGCUGGAGCUUUCAUGCGAAAGGGUGUUGGGUCAUCGAAUGCCUUGUAUAUAGCAGCGGCAGGAAAGACAUUGGUUGUAUUGAUGCUUUUCCUAAACCGCGAAGAGAAAACAAAGGACCAUUCUCAAACAGAUGGAUAG